AUGUCUGCUCUUAAGGUCGUAUCAUCACCAUUAGCUCCAGAAGCCGUUGGCGCUUAUUCCCAAGCCAUCAUUUGCAACGGCAUGGUUUACUGUUCUGGACAAAUUGGAUUAGACAGAAAGACUGGGGAUUUUGCUGGAAAAACAAUUGAAGAACAGAGCGAACAAGUGAUGAAAAACAUGAAGUAUGUCUUAGAAGAAGCCGGGAGCUCGAUGGGGAAAGUCGUGAAGACAACCUGCCUUUUAGCCGACAUCAAAGACUUUGGAGUGUUCAAUGGAAUUUAUGCAAAAGCGUUUGGAGAACACAAACCCGCACGUGCCUGUUACGCUGCAGCUGCUCUUCCAAAGGGUGCUUUAGUUGAAGUUGAAUGCACUGCCGCACUCUAA